UUCUCCCUUUCAUAUUUUACUCUUUCAAUUCUUACUCGAAUGUUAUCUCCAAACCCUAGCCUUUUCCACGCGAAGCCCUCCCCACUCCUCCCUGUCCUUCCACGAACCUCCAUCCGCUGCUUCGCCUCCGCCGGCGGCAUUCCUGCCGGCCCUACACCCCGCAAGCGGUUCCAUUUCCCGGCCACCACGUUGACUCCCGACAUUUACGGAGGAGGUGGUGUAAGAAUUGGACAAGACAACUUCGAAGGUCCAUCUGGGAGUAGCAUCAAGGUUAAAAAAUGGUCGAGGAAUCGGGAGAAUUAUUUGACUAAUGACGAUGAACCUCUUCCCCUUCCCAUGACGUACCCUGAUUCUUCCCCUGUUACCCCUGAAGAAAUCGAUAAGCGACUCCAAUGUGACCCCGAAAUCGAGGAUUGUAAGGAAGUGGUUUACGAAUGGACUGGGGAGUGCAGGAGUUGCCAAGGGACUGGACUUGUUAGCUACUAUAAUAAAAGAGGGAAAGAGAUCAUUUGCAAAUGUAUACCUUGCCUUGGAAUUGGUUACGUGCAGAAGAUAACAGCUCGGAAGGAUAUUGAAGUGAUGGUGGAAGUGGAUAAUGGAAAGCCACCUUGAACUUGGAAAGAGUCUUUUUUCCUUCUUUUUGUCUGGAAUAAUUUGUUAACACCUUUCCAGAGUUGUAUUUUUCUAACACCUUUCUUCAACAUGUCAUGUAGAGUAUAUUCCUUGCAUGUGUAGAGGGUGAAAGAGAGCCUCUUUGAGGGAAAAUGGAAAAAAUGAAAAGAAAAAGUCGAGAUUUGUCUGAUUGAGACUUACAAGAGGGAAAAAGAAUAACUUGUAACUUUAUUAAAGAAUGUUUUCAUAUGUUUGUCUGCCUUAA